AUGGAUCGAAGUUGGAUGAGAGCAUCACGCAUCACUGAUGAGUAUGGGACUGGGGUGGAGCAGUUUCUCCAAUUUACCAAAAUGCAUGCCCCCUCGUUGCACGACAAAUACUUUUGUCCAUGUGUGAAAUUUGCAAAUGGUAGACACCAGUCAUUAAAUGAAAUAAGAACACAUCUAAUAUGUCACAACAUGAUUCCAAAUUACACAAAGUGGAUAUGGCAUGGGAAAUUGCCAGACAAUCCAACAGUCUCUGACACUGAGGCAGUCAAUGUAGAUACGAGUUGUCGUAUAGAAGAAAUGAUUUGCGACCUAGGGCAGGAUGGUGUUCGGCAAGCACAUGCUCCUAUGUAUGACAAAAUAGAGAAUGAUUCAAAGACUCCUUUGUAUUCUGGGUGCACAACAUUCACAAGGUUGUCUGUGGUGUUAGCUUUGGUCAACUUGAAGGCACGAUUUGGCUGGAGUGACAACAGCUUUACUGAAUUGCUAGUGUUAUUGAAAAAAUUACUUCCUAAAGAUAACACGUUGCCAAAGAGUCAAUACGAGGUGAAGAAGAUCUUAUGUUCAGUUGGAAUGGAGUAUCAGAAAAUUCAUGCAUGUCCAAAUGAUUGCAUAUUGUAUAGAAAUGAGUAUGCAGAAAUGCGCACAUGCCCAACAUGUGGUGUAUCCUGCUACAAGGUCAACAACCAUGAAGAGAGUGAUGUUGCAACUGCAGAGAACAAUCGUGCAGCAAAGGUUUGUUGGUAUCUUCCAAUAAUACCAAGGUUUAGGCGAUUGUUUGCUAAUGGACAUGAUGCAAAAUAG